AUGGCGACACCACACUCAUUACCCCCCACUCCCUCGUCAAGGACUGUCGCCAAACUUCCGUUCUCUCCUUCCUCCAAUAAUGCUCCCCGACUUCCUGGCAUCAACACCUCCCUGCCCGCGUCCUCCGGGAGGCCUUCAAGAGGAAACUCACCUGUCGCGACCCCAACCUCAAAGCAGGUGCACACCAGGUCGGGGUCGCUAAUGUCGUCGCGCUCGCGGGCCACAGUGAAUGCGAGUCAUCAUGCAAACGAGGUGCCCAUUAUUCCUUCCAUGGUCCUCCCCAUCCAUCAGCCCCGUCCGACCUCUGUGGGCACGCAUGUAGGCGGAGUCUUGCCCUCUGCUUCGUUCUUCAACCCUUCACGCCCCCACUACCCUCCUCUGUCUGUUACCCCGCCCACAGCCCGCCCGUCGACCGCCGGUUCGUACUCGUCGGCAAGAGGUUCGGUCGACGUCAUGCGCCUGUCGCAAAUUGCAUCGUCGCCCUCGCAGCAGAAGGAAGACCGGAUCUCGGAGGCGUCGGACAGUGUGGAUCAUUCGGUAGAGGACGUGAAGCUCAGCCCGUCCCUGUCGACGAACAAGUUCAGUCGUGAGCCCCUCCUCCCCAUCACCAACCCCCACAAGUCGGGCUCGACCGCGCUCCCGAACAUCGUCACGAAUACUUCGAGUCCCUAUGGUCGCAGCGACUCAAACGUCAGUGCGGGUGCACGAAUGCGCGGGAGCUUCGAGAAACUCUUCAAGAAAGGGUUCAACUUUGAACGGUCGCCUACAACGCCCGUCAAUGCCGGCCCAAGCAGCGGAUUCUCGCCCAUUCAAGCACGCUCGGGCAACACAUCACCAAUAACGUUCGAGCUGAACGUCGGAGGCAUGGGCGGUAUGAACGCGGACCGCUCUCCGACGUCGCCGGGUCAUCAGAAGCACAACCUGUCGCCCCUUCAAGGUUCUACAAUGUCGCUAGCGCAGGCGUCGUUCAUGGCAACGGCCCCGGCACACAUGAACCCACCACUUUGCGCCACUCCAGUCCUGAAUCCGAAGACGGGAAAGCCGAUACGCAAUUACCAGCUCCAUCCUUCGCGGAACCGCUUCUUCCUUGGAGGUCGGGUGCUCACAGGAGGGGACUCGCCCUGGGCGUUCAUCGGCUCGUUCACGCUGCUGGUGAUCGUCGCAGGCGUGUACUUCGGGACGACGUGCGUGUGGUGGUGGACGAACGAAAGCCCGGCAGUGGCCGCGGUGGGCGCGUACAUGUGCCUACUCACGAUUUCGAGCAUGCUGGCUACAGCUUUCCGAGAUCCGGGAAUACUUCCGCGCAAUCUGGAUCCAGACCCCCCAUAUCCGGCUACCUCGUCCUCCGAAGGCUCUCUCCGUGUUCCUCUUCCCCGAGAUCUCAAAGUUCGUGCCGGCAUUGUACGCACCAAGUACUGCCCGACCUGCAUGACCUACCGCCCGCCUCGAUCGAGCCAUUGCAAAAUGUGUGACAACUGUGUAGACGGCUGUGAUCAUCACUGCCAGUGGGUCAACAACUGCAUCGGCCGCCGUAACUACACUCUGUUUUUCACGUUCCUCUUUUCCACUGUGAUGACACUGAUCCUUAUGAUCUGCACCACGGCAAUUCACCUGUUCCUGCUCACCUCGAAGUUCCAUAUGAGCUUCCACAGUGCUAUCUCGACACCUCAAGGCAUCGGUAGCUCCGUCACAUUCAUAGUCUCCAUUCUCGUCAUCUGGCCUCUCUUGGCGCUGCUGUCGUACCACCUCAGGCUGCUUCUGCUCAACGUCACAACUAUAGAACAGAUUCGAAACCAAGCGCACAAGUCGCUGGUGCCGGGGCCGGCACCCCCGAAUCCCUUCUCGCACGGGAACUGGCGGAGAAACGUGGUGUACAUGCUCUGCCGACCGACGGGCUACUCGUGGAUCGACUUCAGCGCGGUGGCGGCUGAGGACAAGCGACAAGUGAAUCCGGGGUUGCUGCCGCACGAAGACCCGUGGCCGGAAGAUGUUGAGCAUGGCGCGGGUCGUGGGAAGGGUGAAUGA